AACCAGUAGAUGCUCUAUAUCAUGUCUCCAUCAACAUCUGGUUCAGACCCAACACAGUUCAAUUCCGAACAAUUCGGUCCUGCUUGGAGCCAAGGGCCCAUCCUCUCUGGAGCAGAGAAUCAGAGCCUGUGUCGAGUCAUAAGACGGAGCAGACGUGCCUUCGGCGCUGUUGAUAAAUCAUCUCCAUCUCUGUUGCGAAUGAUAUUGCCGCUGUGCCUGAAGUCAUCAUCCAUCAGACAUGGCUUACUAUCUCUUGCCUCCAACCCAUCGGAGCGCUCACCAACAGACCUGUACCAUUACCAAAUGGCUUUGACACAGCUCCGUGGGGAUAUUGGCGCAGCCGGUGGGGAUCAUGUUGACAUAGAGUGGAUUCAUCAGUUGUUGGCCUCGUCGUUGAUCCUUAACUUCUUCACUUUCUCCCAAUGCGACGGUUAUUCGAUACGCCACAUUCGUGGUAUGAUCAGCAUCGUAAGGAUGACAGACCAGUCACUCCUCGCCUCCACACCUCUCGGCCGCUUCCUCAUGGGUGUAUGCUCAUAUCAUGACAUUUCAGCGUUUUGGAUUGGUCGAAAACAACCAUCACAGAGGACAUGGACAUCUUGGAUGUCGCACCGCACCCAUACAGAACCUGGUGGGGACUUAACAGCCUUGGAGAGCAUGAUGGGGUACCCCGAAUCUCUUGUUAAUAUCAUUGCUGAUGUUGCCGAACUUGUUGAUGAUAAUAUUUAUAUGGAACUUGAGAAUAGGGCUGAUGUGAACAAUGGCCAAUCCGUGUCAAGUUUCACACAAGCAUCACCGCUUGCUUAUGGCAACGCAAGCGAUAAAAUUGAAGGUUCGUUAAAACGCUGGACUGUGCCCUUGGUCCCUCAAGGUCUGUCACCUGUCGCUGCUAUGGUCUUGCGCAGUGCUUGGGAAACCUUUCGGUUGGCUGCCUAUCUGUACCUAUGGAGAUGCUUUGGUUUCCACGCAAACCAUUUGGAGCCUUUUAGAGCGGACCGGAGUACACUCGCCAGAGUACAUGUGACGGCAAUCAUCUCCAACUGCGAGGCUAUACUUCGCCUGGGCUCCAUCCCACGAGUCUCUAUUGGAAACGCACUACUAUGGCCGCUGGUUGUGGCAGGGUGUGAAUGCGGUCCAGGGUCAGAUCACGAUGGACAGACAAUUCUCGAUAUGCUUCAAAGUCUUGAACGCCUUUACUGCAUGGAGCACCCGAAGUAUGUGAGGCAAGCUCUCCAGAGACUCUGGGUUGCUAAAGGGACGUGGCUGAAUUAUCAGCAAACUCUCGAGGACUCCGCGAGACCAUUUGCUAGCCUGAACCAAAUCGUCACCGAAAUGAAACUGGUGAUUCCGCUUCUUUGAGUCGGAAUAUGGAGUUGAACAAGGGCCAAUAUGAUGUUUGCUCAUCCUGAGAAGGAUCCAGAAAUGCCAUACAUUACCACGAACUUUUGUUUCUACCUCGAAAUAAAAAGAACAGAAUCUCAAGGCACCGCACCAUGUCAUUACUUUACGGCAGAUCUGUUUCCGCCAGGAUAACACGCACACAUGCAUACCAUGUUUGCCAGAAACAAGCCGCCGGGUUUCCAACAACACCCAUGCAAGAAUCCCAGCAGAAUGGACGGCCCCGCAAAACCUCCACUCCACCAUCAUGAAUAUGGAUGCAUAGAUCCCUGCUAGUCGAUCUAGCUAAUCUUC